GGCUCCCUGGUGGCUCCCUCCCCGCCCGGUGCCGCGUGUAGUCAAAUCUCCCGCGAACUCCAGCAGGCGCACGUGCGCUGCUGGAAAGCCAGGCCCGCCGAGCUCCGGGCCGCGGCGGCUGUUCCUUCAGGCUUCGCGUCUCCAUGGUGGGGAGGGGACGAGACCAACGCUCCCCGAACUCGAGUUUUAACCGCAGCGCGGCUGUGGUCGUCCGUGGUGGCUGAAACCCGGCGAACAAUGGGGUUUUCUUUCUCAAAUUCGCUUGGGUUGCAGGCUUGUGUGACAGGGAGAUAAAGACCUUUGUGUUGAUUUUAGCUGUUGUUGGGCGCUCCAUAGCCAGAAAGAGGCGCCGGGCAGCAUGUGCUCCGCUAGAGAAAGGGCUCGGUGUCUGUCAUCUCAGACCGACUAGUGAGCUGACUAAACUUGGGCGGACUGGAUUACCCGGUAAAGGGGAUAAAACCAUUCAGAUGGCAGAUAACAGUUUUUCAGAUGGCAUUCCUUCAGAUUCCUUGGAAGCUGCUAAAAACGCAAGUAAUAAAGAAAAGCUCACAGAUCAGGUGAUGCAGAACCCUCAAGUUUUGGCAGCUUUACAGGAACGACUCGAAAAUGUCUCUCAAACUCCUUCAAGCUACAUUGAAACUUUACCUAAAGCAGUAAAAAGAAGAAUUAAUGCCUUGAAACAGCUUCAGGUGAAAUGUGCUCAUAUAGAAGCCAAGUUCUAUGAAGAAGUUCAUGACUUGGAAAGAAAGUAUGCUGCGCUAUACCAGCCUCUCUUUGAUAAGAGAAGGGAGUUCAUCAUGGGUGACGUUGAGCCGACGGAUGCUGAAUCUGAGUGGCACAGUGAAAAUGAAGAGGAGGACAAAUUGGCUGAAGAUGUGAAAAAUAAAGUAGUCAUUGCCGAAAAAGAAGCUGCGGCAACAGCAGCAGCAGCAGCAGCAGCAGAACAACCAAAUCCCAAAGGAAUUCCGGAGUUCUGGUUCACCAUCUUUAGAAAUGUAGAUAUGCUGAGUGAAUUAGUACAGGAAUAUGAUGAACCAAUCUUGAAACACCUGCAGGACAUUAAGGUGAAAUUUUCAGACCCUGGACAGCCUAUGUCUUUUGUAUUAGAGUUCCACUUUGAACCCAACGACUACUUUACCAAUUCAGUCCUGACAAAAACGUACAAGAUGAAGUCAGAACCAGAUACGGCUGAUCCCUUUUCUUUUGAAGGCCCUGAAAUAGUGGACUGUGAAGGGUGCUCUAUUGACUGGAAGAAAGGAAAAAACGUUACCGUUAAAACGAUCAAGAAAAAGCAGAAACACAAGGGUCGAGGCACCGUUCGGACAAUCACUAAGCAAGUACCCAACGAUUCCUUUUUCAAUUUCUUCAGUCCCCUGAAAGCAUCUGGGGAUGGAGAAUCACUGGAUGAAGAUUCAGAAUUCACGUUAGCUUCUGACUUUGAAAUUGGGCACUUCUUCCGUGAGAGGAUUGUCCCACGCGCAGUGCUUUACUUCACCGGGGAGGCCAUAGAAGAUGCCGACAACUUUGAAGAAGGCGAGGAAGGAGAAGAGGAGGAAUUAGAGGGCGACGAGGAGGGAGAAGAGGAGGAAGAUGCUGAAAUUAACCCCAAGAAGGAGCCCAGCCAGCCGGCCGAGUGCAAGCAGCAGUGAGCAGCGCUGCCCUGUGGGGCUGUCCGUCCUGGGCCUUCUGUCCAGAUACGGCCGCGGCCGCGGCAUAGUCGUAUCACCAGUGCCCACACCUGCCUCGCUUCCAAGUGCAUGAUUUUCACUUUCACUUUUCCUUUUUCUUAUUAUUUUGCGUAACUUGUACAGUGGCAACUUCUAUGCAUUUCAGGAAUAGGAGGUUUAGUUCCAGUACCCUCUGCAGCCUGGGGUACCCUGCAGCUCAGUGAAUUUGGCCAGCCCUGCCCUUGGGGAGGGCCCCAGAAAGAGAGGACACCAGGGGAGGCAGGGCCAGGGGUGCGGGACUUGACCAAGGGGCACCUCACUGCCGAUGUCCCACCGCUCCUGCCAUCAGACUUAACACUUCUUUCUCUUGAAGAAAUCCACACCCUUUGGUUCCAGCCGCCUUAAUUUGCUUCUGUGAAAGCUGCUCCGGCUGCUGCCCUCGUGUCCUCUCAGCGGGGCCCUGGAGAGCCGUGUCAUGUUCUCCUUUGUGCGGUUUUCUUUGGUUUUGUUUUCUUAGGGGUGGGGUGGGGGUCAUGGCACACACUGAUGCAGAGGCGGUAGCUUUAGUGGUUCGUUGACGUAUUUAUUUAUUUGUUCAUGGUUGUGAGGACUUGGCACUUAGGCCGUUGCUCACCCUCACAAUCCUGAACCCGUGCUGUGAUGAAGACCUGGUGCCAGAGCCGGGGAGAGGUGGCCGCCACGGUUCCCAGAGGCAGGGGCUUGCUCUCCUGACGCAUGGGCCAUGUCUGCUGUUGAAGAUUCAGGGGCUUGUAGCAGAGAGCCAGGAUCCAUGGGUUGUCUGCAGGGGCUUGGGUUGGAAAGUUGGCGUGCACUUCUGAGCCGUGCUUUCUCAGAAGCUCCCGUUCCAUGGCCCCAGCAUUGAGUUCUGCGUGGGGAGCCUGGGAGCCACGCAGCCUCUUCCUCGAUGGGCAUGGGGUGCUCGCUCGGGGUGUGCGGUGACAGCUCUGGCAGCAGUGACCCAGGUUGUGGAGAGUGCUUGGCCUUCCCUCAGGCCGCACGUGCGUGACCGAACACGGGGUUCUCGGCGUCAGCGGACCAGUUGGAAUAUUCUAUUAAAGUUGUGGGACUUGAACCAG